AUGGCUGAAUUUGGACAGGUCCUGGCAGAAAUCGGCGACUUCAGUCGCUUUCAGAUCCAGCUGCUGGUGCUGUUGAGUAUCCCCAACUUUCUAAGUCCCUUCUACAUGUUUGGCCAGAUCUUCAUGGUUCUGGAGGAACCCCAUCACUGCUCUGUGGCCUGGGUCAAGAACCAAACUCUCAACCUAAGUACCACAGAGCAGCUGGCCCUGAGCGUGCCCCUGGACACUAACGGUCACCCUGAGCCCUGCCUCAUGUUCCAGCCGCCCCCCGACAAUGCCAGCCUAGACGACAUCCUUGGUCACCGCUUCAAUGAGACCCAGCCCUGCGAUGCAGGUUGGGACUAUCCUGAAAACCGGGCCCCGUCUCUGCUGAAUGAGUUUCACCUGGUGUGUGACCGGAAUAUCCUGAAGGAAACCUCGCAGUCUGUGUUCAUGGCCGGCCUUCUCUUCGGAGCCCUCAUCUUUGGGCCUCUCUGCGACCGGAUCGGCCGCAAGGCCACAAUCCUGCUGCAGCUGCUCCUCUUCGCCGUCGUGGGGCUCUCCACAGCCUUUGUGCCCAGCUUCGAGCUCUACAUGGCCAUGCGCUUUGCUGUGGCCACCGCGGUCUCUGGCUACACCUUCAGCAACGUGGCCCUACUUUCAGAGUGGGUAGGCCCCCAGAGGAGGACCCAGGCGGUGGUGCUGGCCCAGUGCUCCUUCUCCGUGGGACAGAUGGUCCUCGCAGGACUCGCAUAUGGCAUCCGCAACUGGAGGCUCUUCCAGAUUGCCGGCACGGCACCCGUCUUGCUACUUUGCUUCUACUUCUGGGUUCUUCCUGAAUCCGCCCGCUGGCUACUCACUCAGGGAAAGGUGGAGGAGGCCAAACGAGUGAUCCAAAAGGCAGCCAGGGUGAACAGGCGCAAGAUUUCCCCUGAGCUCCUGAGCCAGCUGGUCCCUGAGAAGACAGGCCCACGGGGGAGUCCCCUCGAUCUGUUCAGACACCCCCAGCUCCGUAAGAUUACUCUCAUUCUCUUUUGUGUCUGGUUCGUGGACAGUCUGGGGUACUUCGGGCUGAGUCUCCAGGUAGGGGACUUUGGCCUGGACAUCUACCUGACGCAGCUCAUCUUUGGAAUAGUGGAGGUGCCUGCCCGUUACUCCAGCAUCUUCUUGAUGCAGUGGUUGGGGCGCAAGUGGAGUCAGCUGGGGGCUCUAGUGCUGGGGGGUCUCAUGUCCAUCGCCAUCAUCUUCAUUCCAGCAGAUUUGCCCAUAGUGGUCACUGUGCUGGCCGUAGUGGGGAAGUUUGCCACAGCUGCCGGCUUCACCAUCUCUUACGUGUACUCUGCGGAGCUCUUCCCCACCGUGCUCAGGCAGACAGGCAUGGGGCUGGUUGGGGUCUUCUCGCGGAUCGGGGGCAUCGUCACUCCACUCGUGAUCCUGCUGGCCAAAUACCACGUAGCCAUCCCGAAGCUGCUCUAUGGAGGCCUCCCCAUUGGAGCAGGCUUGCUCUGUAUCCUGCUACCUGAGACACGUGGGCAGGCCCUGAAGGACACCCUCAAUGACCUAGGAGAGCACCCCCCUGCACGGUCAGCACCUGCAGAAAAGAAGGCAGCUGGGAACACCCAAAGCCCUGGAGUGGUCUUCAUGAGCAGUACAUACUUUUGAGUGUGACUCUGAGCCAGAACCUUCCUGGAAAUUUGCUACGACUCAGCUGGGACCAUGGGCAGAACACCAUCACCUAUGAGGACAGUGUUGAGUUGACCAGCCCCUGCUCCUUGCCUUGCAGCCAAGCCCACUUAGAAACCUCAC